GCGGUAAUUUCUAAGCAGUGCGACUUUUCAAGAUCAUUCCAGUGGUUGUUUUUCAACAUCAGGUGGUCCAUAUGAUGCUUUCCUUCAUCUCUUUACAAUGAUGUUUGAGCGAAAUCCUAUGUUGUCCAGCUCUGAAGUGACUGCUGACUACUCACCUGAAUUAGAUUUGGAUGCUUACUCCAGAUUUACAGAUGGUAUGGUCAAGAAUGAUGUCGCAAACAGACCAUUCAGUCCAUCCAAACAGGUUAGGUUUCGCCCAAAUAUCACUGUCAACUCCGUUGAUCUACUAGCUGGAAAAUCUUCAAUGUAUGAUUUUUCUGAAGAUGGUGUCGAUGAGUUGACACACAUAACAUCAAUGUCUUUCGGUAAUCCGAGUUCACCAAAGCACUUUCAAUCUACAGAAGCAUCUCCAUAUGAUACAUCUCUGUGGUUGGAAGGUAAUUUUGACAAAAUGUGUAACCUUUCUGUGGACACUGAAUGGAGUCCUCAAAAUACCUGCCAGAAUUCUUCAUCCCUCAGAACCACCGAUCAUAUUCCACAGCCACCAUUAUCAUCGUCUUACAGCACUGUAACUGGUUCUAGGAACUAUUCUUCAGACGUCAAAAGUUGGGAUGACCAAGUACCUAGGAAACUGCCUAACUAUCUUCUCAGUCGUUCUGAUGAUCUUUCUUUGUCAACUCUUACCGAAGUAGACUCUUUCGAUUUAGACGCUACAUACUCUCCUCAUAGUCAGUCUGUUGAUCCUGGUGUAAAUCUGUCACAACCAAUGUACAAAACAGCAGAAACCUUGAAGAAAGAAAUCAAAAACCUGUCUUUAAAGAUCAACAGUGCUUCAGAAACGCCUACUGAUAAGAUACGUUUAGAAGCUGAACGUAUUGUAAAUGAAGCCUGUAGCACUUUACCGUGUGGAAAUGAUCUAAUCAAUCCAUUGAUUUUAAAUCCAGGACUCACUGUAAAUAUACCAGAGCAUGAAACACAGUUUACAAAUCUUAUCGAUUUAUCUGUUGAUGAAUCAGAAAUAGUUCGUCUUGAACGUCAACGAAUUGCAGCUCAACGUAAAAAGUUGGAGGCGUGUAGAAAACAAAAUGCUAAAGACAAAGUUAAUGAACCUGAACCAGAUUUACUCGAAUUCUUUGAUCCAAAUCGUCAUGUAUAUCAAUCCGUGAAUAUCCAGACUAAAAGUCUACCAAAUUUACUGCCUACUUUACGUUGUGCUCCUGAUGAUUCUAUCCAAUUUCUACAUGAAAAUAUUCUCUGUGAUCAUUAUGCCAGUAUGUUGUAUGAUGUUUAACUAUAGGAGGGAAUGUUGUUGUUGUUUUUUUAAUGUAUUUUCAUUCUAUCCUUGUUUUAGCAGCUACCCCGGCUGAAUCCAGUCUUUCUUAGGUAGACUUUUAUUGUACAUAUAUAUUGGAUAUCUUCAGUUGUUUGUGUACAUAGAUUUUACAUUUACAAUUUAACAGAAAUACAACUGAGAUUUUCACUUCGAAGUGAACUAACUACACUACCAUUUUCGCCUUAUGCCUUUUUAUUAUUAUUUAUUACUCUUUAUAAGUUUGUUUUUGUUUACUUUGAGAAUUUUAAAAAAAACAUCCCAUUAUAGUCGUUAAUUCACUUUUUAUGUUGCA